AGUUGUAAUACCAGGUGAGGACAGGCCCACUGCUUACAAAGUACUGUUGACGAUAUUGAAAGACAACUGUGCUUUAUACGGAUGAGCAUGAAGUUAGUUACUCUGCCAUGGAUAUUGUCAGCAUCUGUAGGAACCUACUGUUUGGUUGCAACUGAUCCAGUUUAAUCAGGUUACCGACGUUCAAAAACUGUGAACACCAAUUUGUUGUACUUGGUAGCGCCAACAAAAUCAUAAACGCCGUUAUAAACGGGUGGUAAAAUGUCCAGUAAUUUACUUACCUCAGCUUGGUUGUCGUGACGAAGUUAACGGUGCUGAACGUCAUCAAUGCUUCACGUGAGUCGUGUGAGUUUUACGCACGCGUAUAGACGCACUAUGACUUCAUCAGCGUUGACCGGAGACGCUCCCAGUGACGUCCUAUUGAAACUCGUUGGCCGAAAAGGUGUCAUCACUAUGAACAGGCCAAACGCUCUAAAUGCGCUCUCACUGUCGAUGAUUCGCGUUAUGGAGCCAGUUGUCCGCAAAUGGCACAAUGACAACUUGGCUGACCUUGUUGUUCUGCGGGCCUGCGAAGGUAAAGCUUUCUGUGCGGGAGGAGAUGUCAAGGCUAUUGCUGCUAAUAAGGGAAACAAUGAUAUUUUUUUUAGGGAGGAGUACGUCCUUGACUAUCUUCUGGCUAAAAUGAGACCUACCCUCGUGUCUUUCAUUGACGGUAUCGUAAUGGGUGGAGGCUGUGGUAUUUCGUUCCACGGCCGAUUCAGCAUAGUUUCAGAGAAUGCAUUAUUUGCUAUGCCAGAAACAGCGAUUGGUCUCUUUCCCGACGUUGGAGCGUGCCACUUUUUGUCUCGCAUGAAGCAUAACUUAGGUGUGUUUUUCGGUUUAACCGGCAACCGUAUUAAGGGCGCGGAUUUGGUGCAUGCGGGCUUGGUAAGCAACUUUGUGCCCUCUGAGAAGUUUAAGCAACUCGAGAAAGAUAUAAUGAACCUAAAUGAUUGCUCAGAGGGGGUAAUUGAUACGGCGAUAUUGGCAUAUCAAGCACCAACAGGCAAAUUUUCACUGGAGUCCCAUCUGUCCGAGAUUGAAAACUGUUUCGGAGCUAACACUGUGGAAGAAAUUGUCGCGAAAUUGAAAAAGACCGGAAGUGACUUUAGCAAGAAGCAGCUCGAUAUCAUGUCGAAGAUGUCACCACUUUCGAUGAAGAUCACCUUGGAAGCCAUUCGAAGAGCUAAAAUGAUGAGUCUUGCAGAAGUGCUUCAAAUGGACAUGCGACUGGGUGCUCGCUUUGUACGGGACAAUGAUUUCUAUGAAGGUGUAAACGCUUUGUUAGUGAGGAAAACCAAAGAUCCAAAAUGGAAACCAGCCACCCUUGAGGAGUGUACUCCAGAAAUAGUCGACAAGUACUUUUUAAAGCUACCACCAGCGGAGGAACUCAGGCUGGAAAUUUAAAACAAACCAAAUUUAUAGAAAGGGCAAAUUGAACCAAGAAACACGCUGAAAACUGUACGUCAAGAGUGCAAUUGUUCAUAUAUCGGGAGUAAAGAACCAGCUAUUUUUCAUCCGUGAAUAUUGUUCCUCUUAGUUUUUUUCGGAAUCAAUACGUCCAGAAACACGCAUUUCUUUAAUGAACAUGACGUGUAUUUAAUCGAAUUGUCUCAUUGAGCUGGGAGCGUUUGUUAAUCCAAUCAGGAAACAUUUAUCUUCCUGCACCUAACGUUUUCUGGGAUAAAGCUUUGUGAUUAUUAUGCAAAACUUCAGUAGCCUUCUAUAAUAUACGCGGGAUCAAAUUCCUAUUUAACAUCAUAUACUGCUCCAGCCAGUCGAACCCAUUGAGGCUAUUUCAUGAAGGUUUGUUACGAGCGAAUGCGAUAUAGAAAAGUGUGGUUUUGCAUAGCGAUCUAAAAAAGUGUGCAUAGCAGGCACCCCACCAUUCAAAAGAUUAAUGGAGCAUGUUAUGACAGUUAACAAUUGAGUAAAGCCGUGAUAUAUAUACCAAGUGCAAGCCUUCGACCAUUAAAAGAGGAUUAUUUUUGCUCUUCGUUUGCACUCCGUUAAUUUCACCUGCAAAUGGCGUUAUAAUUUUUUUUUGGAGGAAAAUUAUGAGUAACAAAAGUAAUUCUGGUUGUUUUAAUUAAGUAGCGCGCCGAGAACAAAUGCUAAACACAAUUGGAUUUCUGCCAAUUUAUCUUGACUAUUCGACAAAAUUGCUAACUACCGAGAAUCUAAUUAUAACUUUUGUCUUUUAUACAACAGUAAGCAACUUUUCGAAGAAAUUUUGAAAAUCUGCAAAAUUUCAAGACAAAAGUCAAAUACUCUACGCAUGUGUAUUGCAAUGUAAAAUAGAUUAUAUCAAAUUAUUUUACUGAGAAAAAAUAAAAUAGGAAAUGUAUUUUCAUCAUAAACGUAA